CGGGAUCGGGCCCGGGAGCGCCGCCGGGACCGGGGCCGGUACCGGUACUGGGGGGGGGCGGGGGGUCGGUGCAGGGGGGUGUACAGCCAUGCUGAGCCGUCUGGGCGCUUUGCUGCAGCAGGCGGUGGAGACGCGGGAGCCCAGCGUGGACCUGCUGGAAGCUUUCACCGAGCACUGGAAGGGCAUCACCGGCUACUACCUGGAGGCUACGGACGAGAGCGUCCUCGCCAGACAGACGGACAUCCCCUGGCGCCUCAAGCAGAUGCUGGACAUCCUGGUGCACGAGGAGAAGCAGCGCCCAGCCGGGGAGGCUGGUCCGUGCCUGGAGUACCUGCUGCAGCACAAGGUCCUGGAGACCCUCAGCACCCUGGGCAAGGCGGAGUACCCCCCUGGGAUGAGGCAGCAGGUCCUCCUCUUCUUCACCCGGGUGCUGGGCCAGGUGCAGCACCCGCUCCUGCACUACCUCAACGUGCACCGCCCGGUGCAGAAGCUGCUCCAGCUCAGCAGCGACCGCCUGGGCUGUGGUACAGAGAAGGAGGAGGUGCAGUUCGCCGCCGUCCUCUGCGCCAAGAUCAAGCAGGAUCCCACCCUGCUGGCGUACAUCCUGGAGGGCAAGAGCAUCCUGAACGGGAGGAGAGCCCCGGAGCUGCCGGCCAGCCCUGUGGAAGAGUGUGCAGAGCAUCCCGCGGGUACCACCACCGGGUCCCCCCCAGCCGAGCCCUCCCCGCCACGGAGGGACAGCAACCUCGUCACCUCCCUGCUGGGGCUGUGCAAGAGCCAGAAGAGCAGGGUCGCGCUGAAGGCUCGGGAGAACCUGCUGUUGCUCGUGGGGCUCGCCCAGGAGGCGGCUGCUGCCCGCCUGGUGCGGAGCAGCGCCCUGUGCCCGCUGCUCACCGAGCACCUCUGCGACCUCUACAGCGCCGUGCCCCCCGGCACCGACCCCGCCGAUGUCCUCGCCACAGGCAGGGCGAGCUGGAGGUCGCAGGGUGACAGCGCCGGCGAUGGGGUUUUCCCAGGGAAGGAGGGCCUGGAUGCUUUUUUCGGCUGGCUGGAUUACCUCGAUGAGCUGGUGAUGGGUGCCCACCCGGUUGUGGCAGAUGCCAUCGCCGAGGCCGUGGAUGAGAAGUUUUUCCAGGGCGUCCUGCAGCCGCGGCUCCUGCAGAUGUCCGAGCUCACCGUCCUCAGCGCCACGGCCAUGCUGACGGGCACGGUGCGGCAGAUCCGCGCCCCCCCGCUGCUUCAUCGCCUCGUCCUCUUCCUCCUGGGGCCGGACCAGCACCCUGAAACCCCAGGCGACACCCCCCACCCUCUGCGCACCCAGCUCAUCGACCGCUGCAACCACCUCUCCGACGAGAUCAGCCUGGCCAGCCUGCGGCUCUUCGAAGAGCUCCUGCAGAAGCCCCACAAGCACGUGGCGCACAACCUGGCGCUCAGGAACCUGGAGACAAGGAGCUACCUGCAGCGCGGCCCCCCCGCGCCCGAGGAGCGCGGACCCCCCGAGGCAGACCCCGAUGAGGAUGGACUGGACCUGGAAGAGGAUCCGUAUUUCACCGAUGGGUUCCCAGAUGCUGGAUUUGGGAUGAUGAAGAAGUCCCCGUCGGGGAAGGGGCAUGUGAGCGAGGUGGUCAGCAGCUUCCUCUGCCUGGUCCCCGAGGAGGCUAAGACGUCCUCGUGCAUGGAGGAAGGUGGCUACGACACCUACGUGCACGACGCCCUGGGCAUGGUCCAGGCAUGCCGUGCCAGCGCGGCCCCAUGGGGGUGGCCGCUGUCCCCCCGGCCCCUCGACACCUGCCACCCCGAGGUGACAUUUUACGAGGGACACUUCCUCAAGGUGCUGUUUGACCGGAUGACCCGGAUCCUCGACCAGCCCUACAGCCUGAACCUGCAGGUGACAUCGGUGCUGUCGCGCCUGGCCGCGCUGCCCCAUCCCCACCUCCACGAGUAUCUGCUGGACCCCUACCUCAACCUGGCCCCCGGCUGCCGCUCGCUCUUCUCCGUCCUUGUCAGGGUGAUGGGGGACCUGAUGCAGCGGCUGCAGCGGGUGCCCCAGUUCAGGGCGAAGCUGCUCCUGGUGCGCCGGCAGCUCCUGGGGCUGGUACCUGGGGAGCAGAUGGACCACACGAUGCUCUUCAAAGGGGUGGUGGUGCUGGAGGAGUUCUGCAAGGAGCUGGCUGCCAUUGCCUUGGUCAAGGGACCGCCGGAGGGGCCCCCCUGAUCUGCACCCCCCACCCUAAAGCACCCCCUCUUUGGCUGGGCUGCGGUGACCAGGUGGCCCUGCUGGGACCAGAAUGUCCCCAAGAGCCGGGCACGGCGGUGGCAGCCUGGGAAGGACACUGGCACAGAGGAAGAGGAGGCACAGAGUCCUUCACCAAGCGGGAGGUGAUGCCACCUCCCCCGGGCAGGACGCAGCCCCUUGGGGUGCAAAGUGUUUCCUCGUGGGUGGUGGGUUCCUGUUCCCCCCCGCCCUAUGUCAGAGCUGCCCCCUGAGCCCCCCCUGACCUCAAACGGGGUUUUUUUGGCAAUAACGGGCGGCACAUGCGCGGUGCUGUUCUGCCCCCGCCUAGGCUACAAUAACUUAAUCGUUUCCCCGGUUCUCCAGCACGGGGGGGUGCAUUUGUGUGUGUUUGUGGCUCCUGCCUGGCAGGGAUGGUGCCCCCAACCAGGCACUGCAUCCCCUGGGUGAUGGGACUCUGGUACAAUAAAGCUGUGAGCUCAGCUGUGCCAUUGA